AGUUCAAUUUCGACCGUGCAACAUGUAAAACGUGCCACAAGCGGUCUACGCAUUGCGAAAUAAAUUUAAUCUGAUCAAAAGUGAAUCAAAAUAAAUAAGUGAAUAGAAAAAGAAAAACAAAGCAUAAAAAUGCAUACACACUUAUCUAACCUCAAAGUACAAAUGCGUUAGCUGGAUUUUUUUGAAAAUUAUAUUUCACCAGAAUAUGUGUGUUUAAUUGAGUGGAAUGAAUGUGCAAAAAAUGCAUAUGUAUAUGGAAUGUCUGUGUUUUUUACGAAUCCUAAAGAAUUUUAACUACUUAACCUAACUAAUACCCGAAUAACGGUAAUUUCUACCGCUCACCAUGGGCCAAGGAAAUAGCCAACCGAGCGUACACAAAUCUUUUGCUCCUAAAACUUGCAUUGUUAUUAAUUAUAAGAUAAUUAUUUGCGGUGAAAGUGAAAUCAUUUCGCAUUGUAACCUAUAUAAUUAGACGUAAAUUAAGUCCAUAAUAAUUUGACGCUACUAAUUUGUGGCGCCUGCAAAGAAAUCGACAUUUGUAAUAGUGCACCAGUGACAAUAAAUUUUCUUCUGUUCGUUUUAACCUCCGUUCGCCCACCUAAAGGCAACUAACAACCAGCGAAAAUAGCGCCGAUUCCGCUAUACUGGCUACCGAAUGGAUAAUGGGUAUUUGUUUAGACACAGAUGCCAGCGCGGCACAAGAUACCGGCGAACAAGGCAACGAUUGGAGUCAUAUACGGAAUCAAAACAGUGCCAACGGACGGAUCGGUACGGGAAACAUGGUCGCCAUAGACAUGCAAAAUGCUGGAAAAAUAAAAUUCGAUCCGCCCAAAGUGCCAGUGAUAUUUGUUUUAGGCGGCCCAGGUAGUGGCAAAGUCACGCAUUGUGACACAUUUAUGCAGGAGCGCCGCGGUGUGACGCACAUAAACAUGAUGGAUUUGUUGCAACAAUACGCAAUGGGGAACGAUAUGCAAGACUUCUCGCAACUAUCCUCGAAAACUGUCACAGAGGUGCUCAUGCUGGAAAUGAAAAUGGCUCCAGCUGCCAAAGCGUACCUAAUUUCAGGAUUUCCUCGCUCAAUGCGCGACGUGGUCGAAUAUUCGGAAAAGAUUCAAGUCGUGAAUGGAGUGAUCUUGAUAUCCUGGCGUCAGUCGGUUCUGCAGAAGCAAAUUGAUUAUGGCGCCAAAUUAGGUCAUGUCGUACUCUCCUUAGCCAAAAUGGAAUUAGAGAAUUUCUUCAAAAAUGUGAUGCCCGUAGCAGAUUACUUCGAUCAAAGUGAUAUGCUAACAGCAGUAAAUGGCGAGCGUGCACCCGCCGAAGUGUACAAAGACUUUCGUGCCGCCAUACUCGAUGUGUUAAGCACGCUUGAGAACCAAGAGGCCAUGCUGAACGGAGUCACAGGUAUGGGCAGAGGGAUACAUGAUAUACCCGGCAGUAUAGUUAGCGUAGACACCGCACCUAGUCAAGCCGCGAAUAUUGCAGACAUUUCUAAUGCCAACGUCAACACAACUGUCUUUGCUGCCAACAACUACAACAACAACAACAUGAAUAGAAAUCACUACAACAACCAUGUGGGCAAUCCGAGCAUAGCAAAUGCCGUGGGCGCGCACAUUGCUUCAAGUGUCAACGCCGCUGCUGCGACUGCACGAAUGACAGAAGCCGAAGUCAUCACCACACAGCCGGAGGUGAUGAAUCAACAAAACGCCGCGACGGGUAUGGACCUCAAUGUGGACAGCAUACCGCCAGUUAUUUGGGUCAUCGGUGGGCCGGGUAGUAACAAGGCGACACUGUGUAUGAAGGCCGUCGGGUUGAACCCUGGCUGGGGACACAUAAGUUUGGGACGUCUGUUGCGUGCUAUUACCGACUCGGCGCCACGUGCCAACACAGAGAGCUACACCGUCAAGGAGGCACUAUCCGCUGGCGAAAUGGUGCCAGAGAAAGCGAUCAACAACAUACUCGAUACGAAUAUAAGACAAUUGAUGGAUCGUAAAGGCAUAUUGAUCGACGGUUUUCCGCGAAAUUUACAACAAGUCAAACAUUUUGAGAAUAAGUACAAACAACGACCGCCAAUCGUGCUGCUGGACUGCUCUAAAUUACAACUGGGGCGUGGACGGGUUGACGAUACCGUGUCCUCGUUCAGGCGACGUUUGGAGCUCUUCCGCGAGCAAACCCUACCAAUGCUAAAAACUAUGGACAAUAGUAAUCGUCUACAAAUCGUCGAUGGCGAUACGGAUAGCCCAUCGGUGCAGCGCGAAUUUGAAAAAAUCAUACGUCAGCACAUACAAACUAUUGAACAAACAGGUCCCGAAGGAAUGAACAACAAGGCUGACGCCGCUGUAAUGACAAAUCAUGUUGAUCAUGAUCAAACCGACGCUAUACUACAAGAUUUAGAGAAUAACGUACCGGGUGCAGUGCCAACAAUAAGCCAUCAUGUAUCGCUCAUGAAUGGCCAUUUAAAGAAUCGAAAUAAUAGUGCUGCCAAUAAUGGUGGUGUGGUGAUGAAUGGUGACGCACGAAUGGCAGGCUUAACUGGUGGCAUUGAUUUCAGACAUAUGCUGCAGGAGGCCGAAAGAUACCCGGUGGACUCGUAUAUGUAAAACCUAAAAGCACUCGGAAUCACUUAGUUCGGUAUGAACGUUGUCAAAGCAAUUCAACGACAUUUAUUUAAAUGAUCCCAUAUUUUGGCGCAUUACCUGCUGUAGAACAUAGUGUAGGUCUAACUUCUUCUUCCUGUAGUUGGGUACAGUAUCCUUAAAAGAGAGAAUUCAUCUAAUAUUUUCCUAGAUAGAAACUUGAUGUGUAAGGUCAAAGGCGAAAGUAAGAACAUAUUUGGUAUACAAUAACUGUAAAAAUUUACAGUUUUUCUAUAUUGUUUUUUUCCUAUUAUUACCCUCAAUGGGUUGCCCCUAAAGUUUUCGGUUUUUGUUUUUUUAGCAAAAUUGGUUAGACUUGUUACAUUUUUGUUUGAAAUUCCUUCUAUGAUAAUUUAAGGUUAUGUGGACACUUUCAAUAAGAGAAGCAAUGGAACGGCUUUCAAGCGUUGAAAGGAAAACAUCCCUUUUAAUUCCUCUUUAAUACUCAAAAUAUCAUGAAUUUCAAUUUUAUUCCAAGCUUUCUAGUGUUUUUAGAAUUAAGUUUUGGUUUCCUCUCAAGCCUUAAAUUUUCAAAAUUUGACAGUUAAUAUCUCGUAAAACAUCAUCAUGCAGCACUUUCUAGUUGUUUGUAAGGAAAUGAGAUAGUUAGACGACUAGUUAAGCUGGCCAGUUGCGCCAUACUUAUAUCUUUUCCGAUUCUUACUUAAAUUCACAUUGGGCCUCCCAAAAGCCUUGGUGCGAUUGUAUGACGUUGUUAAAAUAGUACUGUGAAAAGAUGUUUCGAUAUUUACAAAAAUUUUCUUGAAUGAGGGUACGACAUUGGUUGAAUAUUUUUUUUAUGAUAAACACACUCGAUGCAAUCGACUAAAUUUCGAUUACAUCUAGAAAAACUAACGGAUCCACAAAAAUAUUACGAACUUUGUGUUCGGGGCACAUGGGAAUGUUUCAGCUCUCAAUAUUGAAAUUGGAUCAUUUUGUUUUAUCUCUUCUUUAUUGACUGAAAACGGGUUUGAUUCCGAUGAUUGUUGACUUGUUUGCAUAUCAAACUCAUAAGCUCGCACGCUCAAGCAUGUCCAAGGUGACCAGUUUACGGUACUCUUUUUGGAAAAAAUUCACCUUUAUCGGGACGAGUCGAGCAAAAACGCGUUUCAUACCCAAAAUAUCCACAAAAAUCAUUCGAAAGGACUCGUGAGAAAUGUCGAGCUCUCUUUUCAUCCGACGACUUUCUCAUAUUUUCAUCGGUUGAAGAGGUCGAAGGUCGUCUAGAACGAGGCAUGUUUUGAAAAUCUCUCAAUCGUUUUUGAAAGUUUGGACCACUCGUUGGCUUGUGUUUCUGAUGAAACUGAAUCACCUUUUUCUAACAUUUGGAACUACUCCACGCACGAAUUUUUGUUAGAAAUACAAAAUUUGAGACAAGUUCUUUUUUCGAUAUUUAUAUCCAUUGUAAAAGUCACAAUAUUCUACUGAGGUGUACCGAUUGAAGCAGCUGCUGCAAACAAACGGGUUGAAAGAUCGCCUCAGUAAUUAAGCACAGUCCUACAAAUUUAGAAAAAUGUUAGUUUCCGGAUGCUUUUUUGUUAUUAGUUAGUAGUCUUAGUUUGAUUUGCUUUUGAACUGUGUAAAAUAAUAUAUACAAAAUAGGCUGGCCUAAAAAGUGUUUUCUUCUUAAAUGCUGUGAGAAUAUCGCUCGAAAUGAAGAAAAAAAAAAUUUUUAAUCUUAAUAUUAAUAUUAACAGUGGUCAUAUUGUUAAUACUAAAAGUAUUUAACAUAUACAGACUUUCGACUUCGUACAUAAAUAACACAGGAAUAUUUUCUUAUAAAGUUAAAAGGGCAUAUCAAUAUCAUAUCGAAAGAAAAUGUGUGUUUUUUUUUUAUUUUAAUUAAUUUUUAUUUAAUUUUUAUAAUAAUUCAAAGGUGACAGAACAUUAUUUUUCUUUGGAUGCCCAAAAGUAUGCAAUCUAUUCAAAAUUCAUAUUGAUCGUUUGAAACAAAACAGCCACGUCUGUACUCUUAUACACAUAUGUAUAUCCGCUCUUUAAUCUCUCUCUUAUUACCUGUUUACACAAUAACAUUUUUUGCUUUACAUCUUUUGGUAUAAUUUUGAAAUUUAUUCCAUGAAUCAAUAUAUACUAUAUGUUAGGAAAUUUAAGAGUUGUCAUCCUUACGUGUUAAAAAAUGCAUAAUACGGCAGAAAUGACAAAUAAAGAAAUAUAAUUUGAUAAAAUGAUGCCAAAGGGAGUGGAGAGACCUGUUCGACUUGAGCUUGCUCGGGUGAACGCAAUGACAAACACCAAAAGCGAAGCUGCCGAUUCAUCAACAAAAUUUUCCUUUUAUUAGGUUGAUUUCUCAAAAAUUAUUAUUAUUUUUUAUAGUCUGAUUGCGAUUGUGAGGCGUUGCAUUCUCACUGUUCAUUCAUAUUUUGAAUCACUUACAUACAUAUGUAUGUACGUAUGUCUUUAAUACUUCUGUAUUUUUGAUUAAUGCAAAUAUUGAAGAAAACUAACGAAACUAUUUGCUGAUUGAAGUAUGCAAAUAUAUUUUUAAUGUUUGAACGUGAUUCAAUGGAUUUUUUUACUUUUGUUCAUUAUUAGCUAAUAUAAUAAGUCGGUAUACAUUUUCUGAUAGCAAGAAAAAUUCCAAACUCAACUGCGGUCAGUUGGUUAAUAUGGCGCUUGGAAAGGCAGAAUAUAGCUGCUAUCAAAUAUUUGUAUCUUUGCUGCAGUAUUUUUUAAAUGCUCAAUUAUCUAGCCAAAUUUUUUUUUUAAUUUAUGUAGAGAAUUACAUCUUGCAGUUAAACUAAAACAUGACUUCUAAAUAUUUAACAAAGUGCUUCGAAAAUAUGUGGCUCAAUUGCUUUGACACGUAGUAAAAAUAUUCACAAAUAAUUUCGAUGUACUCAGACUGUGUUCAGACACGGCAAUUUUUGGUGCGAAAAUUAUAAGUUUGUAGAGGAGCAAGUCAGAAGGAGAUAGAAAAAAAUGAUUAUUUUUCGUUGCCACAAAAUUUGACAUUCCUUUUCAUUUUUAAACCUUUUUCCAACAUUUGAAACUUUGCUGAUUUCGUGAAUGCAUAAAAAUUCGUAGAUUAAAAUAUGAAAUUUAGAAAAACAAAAGAUAUCAGUUAAAACCCUAAAAAUCAAAAUAUUUUUAUAAGUGAAAUGUGCAAUAAUUUAUGAAGAGCUGGAUAGUCAAAAACUUUCAAAAGAGAGAUGCUUAGUGUGACAAGAGUUUGCCUGUAUGAACACAGUGUUAAGAAUUACAUGCACUUGUGGCCACACAAACCUUACCACUCAAAAUUUUCAAGUAUUGUGCAUAUUUGACUAUACUUUAUAGUGGUACUUUUUGCGGUAUAGAAAUUUUUUGUUUAGAAAAAAGUUAAUGACAUGUUAUUAAACAAAAAUAUUAAAAAUUUAAAACAAAACACAUUCAGCUAUAGAUAAAUCAAUUGAAAGUUAGCGAGCUUUGCAAAAUGAGCGCGAAAUGAGCGCGAAAUGUAAGAGACUGACAGGCGAUGAAAAAAUGAUAUUUUUUACUUUUUUUUUAUUUAAUUUCAUUUACACUAUAAUUGAAACACAAAGUUUAGUCUGCGUGUCAUUUUAAAAACAAUAAAAUCGGCCGCUUUUGUAUAAGCAGAGAAAAGCUAAUCUGUGUUUUACUCAUUAAACGUAAUAAAUUAUUAAAUAUAAUAUAAUUAACUAUAAUUAUAAUUAGACAAUAUAAUUUAGUUUACUUAUGCUUACAAAAAACGUAAAAAAUACACAAUUGAAAAAAAAUCCCGAACGAACGAAAAAGUCCAAAAAAAAUUUUUUUAAAGUAUAGUGGUAAGGUUUGCGUGGCCACGAUGUAUCCAAAAUUUAUCAAGUCGUUAUACAAAACUUUGAAAAGCAUUCAACUAAAUUAUUUGACGAAAUAAUUAAGCGAUUAAUUUAGUUCUAAACUAAUAGUCAUAUAUCUUGCAAAAUAAAAUUGUAGAACAUUUUUUAUAUACAACGAUAAAAAAUGAGUUAGUGAUGAAACACGAAAAAGCGAAUAUACAUACUUACAUACAUAUACUUGUAUAUGUGUAUACCUUCAAAAUUCAGUUAUAAAUUGGUAUAAAAUAAGAGCAAUGGUUAAAUGCUUUAAAUAUCAUAUUUAAAAGAAAAAAAAUAUGAAAAAUACUUUUAAGUGACGCUAUUUACAACUAGAAAUAUACAAUAAAAGUAGUAAAUAUAGGAUAUAUUUGAAUAACUUCUAAAAUAAUAAGAAAAACAUAUAUUGUUAAUUUUAUAUCUAAUAAUUAUAGACAUAUAAAAAUAUAAAUAAGCAUAAAUAUAAGUAUAAUUGCGAAUCUUUUAUAAAAAUGUUGAAAACCUGAAAUUGUUUUUGUUAUUUGUGGAAAAAAGUUAUUCAAUUGCAAAAAUACUUUACUGAGCAGUGCUGCGUAGUUUUAGAAUUAAAGUAGACUCAAACUAUUUAUUUAGAUUUAAGUACUUAGUUAUAGAGUCGUUUAUAAUGCAUACAAUUUGAAUUGUAACAACGUUAAAUUUCAAUAAAACUAAAUAAAAUGGCAA